GUUAGCGGAACGGUGGGGGGGGGGAUUGACUCAGUGAAGAAAAGAAAUGGCGAUGCUCGGAGGGUUUAGCGCAGCACAGCACAAGAAAAGCGUCUCUGACGGCAGCAGCGAUGUGUCAGAAUUCGUCUGUCCGGUUUGCCUCGAAAUUUUCGAGAGUCCCGUAACAACACAAUGCGGCCAUACGUUCUGCCAGAGUUGUUUGCAGGAGUGUUUGCGUCCACAGAAGCCUGUUUGUGCUGUAUGUCGGGCCGGGCUUGGCCACUGGACUAAAGCUGCUGAACUUGAGGCCCUCAUCCAAUCAUCUGUGGCAUCUUGUAAGGGAUGUGGAGCUCAGGUUGGCCUUUCUCAGAUGAGAAGCCACACAGCUGCUUGUUCAAAAUACCAGGAGUAUAUUGAGGAGGGAGUGAGGACCACUGCCCAGAGCCAGCCUGCCAUCAUCAGUCCAGUGCCAAAUCGCUACACCUUCACCUGCCCAUACUGCAACUGCCAGAACCUCGAUCAAGACGGCCUAGUGGAACAUUGCACCACCCAUCAUGCUCGAGAUGCACGCCAAGUGGUGUGCCCCAUCUGUGCCUCAAUGCCUUGGGGGGACCCUAACUACAGGAGUGCAGACUUUUUCCAGCACCUGAAGAUCAGACACACCUUCUCUUAUGAUACAUUUGUUGAUUACUCCACAGAUGAACACACAAUGAUCCAGGAGGCUCUACAGCGCUCCCUUUUGGACAACUGAAGUGUGAAAAACAAUCCACCAGAGGAGGAGAGAUGGUGAUGUGAAGGGGAGAUGGUGAUGUGAAGUCUUGAGAAGACAGAACAACACACUGUAUCAUCAUUCAUCUAUCAUGAGGAUGGUGGUACUGUAUUAUUAUGGGUAAUCAGUUUCACAGGGAAUUGGUCUUGUUACUAUGAAUCUAUAGGUUUAUUAUUCAGAAAAUAAAUGACACAAUAUGGUUAAAAAAACAUAUUGUACUGUCUGAUUUAGGAGUGAUACUGUGUUUCUGGUGUAAUAAUCUUUUAUCCUCCCCCCAGUCGAGUCUGUAGACUUAAUAGUUUGUUGAAUAUCUAUUAAACUAUGUUUGUUAAAUCGGUUUUUCAUGGAUGACAUGGUGUUAUACAGCCAAAAACUUCCAAAGUUGUAAUUAAAUUUCCCUGUUGUCAAUACUUGAUGUUAUAAAAGGGUUUGACCACUAGGUGGCUAACUAUUGCCAGCAAACGACAAACUUCACCCUGUGAAGUCGUCAAGUAAUUACCAAUAAUAUAAAGGAAUCAAGUCAAGAGUGACUCUGCAUGUUCUCCCUCAAAGUGGAGAGGGAGUUUUUGUUUUUGAGUUUAUUACCAGAUGGAAGCUGUCUUUUUUUAUGCUGUUUCUGGGUCAAGUGUGUGUGUGAGAGAGAGUGUGUGUGUUUAUUUCUGUUUUCAGAGAUCUACUGGAAAGAAUAAAUAAUAUGAGGGUCAAACAAAGCCAGAGAGGGCUGUUUGCUUUAUUGUAAUGUUUCUCCCUUAUGUCUUUGUGCCUGCUGGUAGAUCUUGUUUCUGACUUCCAAAACUCAUAGGGCUAAAAGUUCAUCCAGUGAACCAAAAGAUGCAAGUAGGACAUCAUCAGUGUGUCAUAAUCCGUCAGCUGAUGUUUUUGUUUUGUUUUGUUUGUGAGCAUUUAAUUGCAUGUUAUGGCCACAGGGGGGCAGUAUAGUUCCACCGUCCUUUGGCUUUGUUGCAAGACAUAAUUCAACACAGAUUUCGUUCUAUAAAUGUGUUCUACUUCAACGUGUUGUUCUCCAGCUUAGCAUUUAAACUGGGGUUUGUUUAAAUGCAGCAUACAAAAAUGUCACUGAUCUGUAGAAACGGAGGUUUUAUGGGGGUUAUUUGUUCUAGUUUUAACAGAAUAGCCGCAACUUUGCUUGUCGAUGGUUGAUGAUGUGACAUGACUCAAGAUUUUAAAUGUAACUUAAUGUUGUGUGUUUUUUCAUGGCCAGUGUCACCAGUCAUCACAAAAAAACUCCAGUUUUGCUGCCUUUCAUAUUUCUUAACAUCACUGCCAACAGUUAUGAAAAAAAAAAAACAAGAGUUAUUAUUUGCAUGCUUCCAAAA